ACAAAGCAGGUCUUCCAACUUGAUUUAUAAUCUGCAAAGUUGUUUACACUUUAUUCAACUUACCUAACCUCCAUUAACAAUCUGGUUGAACAUGAGUCUUUAUAAAUCCAUUUGAACUAUACACAUUUUACCUCUCACAAGAAAUGGCUAGCCCUCAUCAUCUAAAACUAAAACCAGCCCACUCCUUCCAUGUAAAAUCUCCAUCUUUUUCUACUAGCACCACCAUAAACUCCACAAAGUUGAAAACUCUAGCUCAGACAUUCAUAUUAUCACACAUUUGCAGAAUCGUUCGGGGUCUGACCAAAGCCAAAGCCAUCCUCAUUAGGGUUCUCAAAGAUAUUCAACUGCUACGCCUGACAGAGUUUACCGCGAAAAAGCACAAGAACAGGAACAAAAUAUUUUUUGGUUCGUUUAGAAUGCAUUACAACUGGUGCUCUUCUCAUGUGUUGCCAGUGGCAUCACCACAAGAGAACGAGUUACCUAUGAGCCACUCCUAUUAUGAUGCUACGUGGAACUCUAUCAUCUCGCCAGGAUGUGACGAAAUGGAAGAGUCUCAGCUUUCAGGGUACCUCCAUUGGCUUGAAAAGAAAGUUAACGAGGAGUCAAAAAAGAGUGAUGAUAUGAAUGAGAUUGAUAAGCUUGCUGAUAUGUUCAUCGCAAAUUGCCAUGAGAAGUUUAAGUUGGAGAAGCAAGAAUCGUACAGGAUGUUUCAAGAAAUGAUGGCUAGAAGUGUGUGAGGAGGAGUGAGGACCUUUCUCUAAUCUUUUAAUUCUUUUAUGUUCUUGUUACAAUAGUGGGUUGGGGAUAGUGGGUGUUAAAGAGGUGUUAUUUGUUUCUACUUUACGAUCAUCUGGUACAGAGAAUUGUACAUCAUGUGAGCUGUUGAGUUUGUGCAUUUCCUCUGUUGCGCAUAUGUAUGGUUACAUUUGAUAAAAUUAUGGGUGACUCUUCAUA